CUAGUCUCCUAGUUUCAGAGGAAGUGUCCUCCGCUUGUCGAUUUUUUGUGCAGCUGUUUACCUCUAGUGAGCGAAACAUUUGUCAACAGCAAACUCACCUUCCCGCUUAUCAGUUGACUCCGUGGUUGCCAAGCAACACGGGAAAGGGCAACACGGACUCCAAGUUCCAUGAUGCAACCCGUGUCAUGUUGGACGCUUCUGCAGCGGCGGCAGGCGGGAGAAGACCAGUUUGAUAAGAAAUUAUUCGGUAGCUGUGAACCCGAAUUAGUCGACGUCCGUUGUUUAAAAAAAAAACACUUGCACAAUCCUCACAAUGAGAAGAACAACAGAGAAUCAAGGAAACACUCGAACACUUGCAGAUUAUUACUCCCCGAGAGCUAAAGGAAAGGACUUCACACUCCAGCAGCGCUUCCCAUCCCAUUUCACAUCUUUUGCCCAGGAGAGUCCAAUGAAACCCUCACAGGUCCCUAAUCGACUUCCUCACCCGGCACCCAGGGGAAUGUUUUCACGUCAAAAACCUGAGUUGUACCCAGUAUCCCCUUGCCCGGACCAACGACAUAAACGAACAUCUUCAACUGAAAAAUGUAUUCCAGCAGUGGACUUGAACAGCUCUUCCCUGAAGAGGAGGAGGGAGUCUGAGGACUGUGUUGACAGUGCUGUGAAUCUGGGCUGUGAAAACUCUUGCAAAGCACAGACACCAAGGCCAACUGCUGGCAACUCACUGAGGACUUCUCUUGUGUCUGUGCCAUCAUCAAGGCAAUCUUUAUUUCCUGAACAGUCACUUAAAACUACAGACAACCAUCCUCGAAAGGAAUCUGUAUGGGGCCAAUCAUCUUCACUCAGACCUACCCAGUGUUCUUACCCAUCGCUGUCACUUGUUCCUUGUACAAAGAAAAAAUACCCAAUGGGAGCAAAGCAAGCCUAUGUAGAGCAUACUCAGAACCAUACUCUGAGGCUAAAAGAUGUAUAUGUACCUUCAAGGCAAAUUGAAGAAAAUUUAACCCGAAGAAGAGAGGAAAUCAAUAAAUCGGAUAAAUCUAGCUCUUCGUUUUCCCCUGGAGUUCCGCAGAAAGACAAUGGUUCUUUUCGCUCGGGGAUCCACCACUCUGGUCAUUCUCACUGUAGUUCCUCGAUCCUGCCGGUCAAGAACCCGGACAGAGGUCAUAAGCUGGAGGAGAAUAGAAAGUUGGGUAGCGUCACUCCCAAGCCAGCCUCAAAACCAAAUUCAGAUUCUCUGAGUAGUGUCGCAGUGAAACGGCGCAAAACUACCCACUCAAGAAGACCUGUUGCAAUCCCAAAUGAUAUAGAUGACCUUUUCACCCCUGAUCCUAUGACAUAUGUUGUUAGCCCUUCCCAUAAAGUUUCAAAGCAAAAUAUAGAUGGGGGAGCGAUCAAAUCCCCGGCCCCAAUGAUUUGUUGUUCUGGAUCCUUGCGUCUGUUCUCAGAGCCAGUUUCUGGAUCCUUGUGUCGCGAAAUUCAGAACGUCAAAAUAACUGGUUCUCCUCAUGCAGGCGUCACAAACCCCUCCUCACAGGUUCCAGGUCACCCACUAUCCUUUUUGCCAACUGUAACUUUGAUGCGAGUUAAUCUUGAAAACCUUAGACCCCCUCACAGUAAAGACACUGAACUCAAAAACGAUCACAUUAUGUUUUCAAGCAGGCAGCCUGAGGAGGAAAGUGGUAAAGAUAAUGAGAAACGCACAACCUACCACUCCAACAAUGUGAGAGCAUGCACUUUAGAGCCGGACCCCGCUGCCUCUGGACAUACUUCUACACAUCCUUGUGUCCAGUCCCCACUGCUGGAAAGGCAGGCAAGUGGAGAGGGGAGCCAGCAGGUGAAUGAUGUGCAUCCUGUAGAUGUGGAGCUAGACCUGGACCUGAGCUUGGCGUUAGACAUGGAUCUAACUCAGAGCUCCCAAAGCAGUGAAGAGGAGCAGCUGCUUUCUCUGCAGGAGAUGAUGGAGCGUGCAAGCAAGCCUCCAGAUACCCCCGAGAAGGGAGUGUUCUCAGAGCCUGGUACGCCUGGACCUCGCAGCUGCAAGCUAAAAACACAGGCAGUGCCAUCCUACACAAAGUCAGGCAACUACAAGAACAGUCUUGACCAGAUGCUGAAAGAAAUUAGCACCAACAAAAGAUCAAAAGAGAUUGAGACACAGCUUCUGACUGCAUGCAAAGAGGACCUGUUGAAAAUAGCUGAAUAUGAGGAGGCUGAGGAGAGCCGGGAGGAGGGGAUCACCACUGAACACCAGGAGUUUCUGCAGCGCUUCUCGUUGAUGUCCAGUGCAAUCAGGGAGGUGCCUCCAGGAGAAAUGGUGUUCAAGCUGGAGAAAUUUGGCCAGAUCUUCAACCAGAACACGCUGCAGCUCAGAAAAUGCAUGCUAAAUCCAGAGGGGGCCGCUCAGAAAACACUUCUUUGGUCCAGCCCUGCUCAACUGAGAUUACAUGUAAAUAGUGGAUUGUUCCAGGAAGCUUACGCUUGUCAUUUGCCCUGUCCAACUCAGGUUACACGUUUUCUCUUCAAGAUGAUGUCAGUCCAUAAUGAGAGGAUGUUGUCUGAAAAUAUACUGCAGACCCUUUGUGACAUAGCCAGCACCGCUGCUUAUCAAAUUGUUAAAAACGGAAGCCAGACGUUUGAAGUGUGGGUGCCCAGUUUGGCUGAUGUGGCACUGGUCCUGAUGAACAUGGGAGCUUCCUUUGUUACCCUCUUUCCUUUUGAAAAUCUGCAGCCUCCAUUCACUGAGGGAGAUUUGCUGGAGAAUGUCUACAUCAAAGCAGAGAGUCUGUCCAGUAGCGAGGAACAGAGCACUUUCCCUGAACACAACUGCGUCAACGUCCUGAAGUACCUGUCGUACUGCAUGGGCCUCUGUCCACGGGCCUACAGCGACGAUGAGCUGCUGCUGUUACUUACAAUGUUGGAAAAGGUGGGGCUGGACACACAGCUCAUCCUCCAGUACACGUGUGAGAUGUAUUCUCUGCAGCACAAAAUGGUCAACAACUUCAGGGACUGGAACGCCAUGAUGCCAAGAAUCUGUUUGGCUCUCACUGAUCUGACGGAUGACCACCACAACAUGUGCCUGCUUGUUCGAAUGCUUCCUGACAACACUCGUGGAAAGCAACUGCGUCGCCAUCUGAGCCUGUCAAUGAUCUCCAAACUGUUGGAUGGAAAUUGUACGUACACACCUACAGGGGAAGAGAUUCAGCUCUCUGAACUGAGGCGCUUCCUGCCCCGCAUGCAGCCCUCGACCCUGCUUCGAAACCUGCAGAGGAGUCAGAGGGAAAAGGAGGACAUGGCCACCCUGGACCAACAGUCCUACUACCUCUGCUAUAGCCUUCUGACCUUGGCAAACGAAGUUUCCAACUUUCAGAUCUUCCCAGCUCAUCAAAAGGAGCACCUGCUGAAUCUGUGCUCUGAGCUGGAAAUGCAUGUGAAGUGUGACAUCAGAGAGAGCGAGAAAUGUCUGUACCGAAGCAAGGUGAAGGACCUGGUGGCCAGGAUCUACACCAAGUGGCAGAUACUUCUUCAGAAGACAAGGCCUCUACAUGGUAAGUUGUAUGAUUUCUGGCAGCCUUCGUCCGUGGAUAUUUUGACAAGCUCCCAAGAAGAUCAGGAGGUGAGCAGCAGUGAUGAAGGAGAGGAGGAUGAAGAGAAGGAAACCAGGGAAGAGAACGAGGUCGAGGUAAUGGCCGAUGAAGAUGAGAAGGAAAAGGGAGACGAUGAGCCAAACAAGACAGGGGGAGACACAGAGCGUCUUUUGCAUAACAAGGAAACGUUGGAGAUGGAGGUUCAUGUAAACACAGAGUCUGAAGUAAUGGAAGAACAUGAAGAUGCCGAAAACAAACAGCGUACUGAGUUUGAAGCUGGAAAUGACAUUGAAACAAAAGAGAGUCCUCAGAAUAACCGGACGGAGGCAGGUGAUUUAAUGUCAUAGAGAUUUGUAUUUGUUCUCAGGGCUUUGUUAGCUAUUGCCUUAAUGUUUAAGCUCAAUUUGCACUGUAAGCUAAUCAAUUACCUCCGACGUUGAUUGUCAACACAAAUAUUGUGUAUUAAGAAAUAAAAACAUUUAGGAAGAGAUCCCCAAAUUUGUAAAUGGCCAAGGCCUCGUCUUCUUUUUGCUUAGUGCUGCUCAAGAAAUAAAAUCUUGAUUCAUUGUCUUUAAAAAAAAAAGUCCUAUUUAAUGUACUUCUGGAGUGUGCAAUUUGUUAAACUUGUGUUUGUAUGUGUUUUAUUGUUGUGUUCUACCACCUAAGUUUAUUUGUUAAAAUGUAGUCCAUCCCGAAAAUUACUUCAUUUUUAUUUUAUCCUAACCAACAAGUGAACUUUUAACUGUAUAUACGCUGCAUAUAAUCCUGGAGAGGAAAUA